CGCCCCUCCCGCACCGCGAGAGCCGCGCCCGGGCAGAGCUGCGCGGGCCGGUGAAGGCGCGUGCCAGCCGCUAGAGCUGUGGUUCGCGGACGCCGCCUCCGCCACGCACGUGCGGCCGCUGCCCUGCUUGGAGCUCCCGCCCCGUAGCCGCUUUGUUGCCUCUGGGCAGCCGGCACCAUGCACACGCCGGGUUCCGCGAGUCCGGGCGAGACGCGCGCGGUUGACAUCAUGGACAUAUGUGAGUCAAUCCUGGAGAGGAAGCGGCAUGACAGUGAAAGGUCUACGUGCAGCAUCUUGGAGCAGAACGAUAUUGAAGCUGUUGAGGCUCUUGUUUGCAUGAGCUCCUGGGGUCAAAGAUCCCAGAAAAGUGACCUAUUAAAGAUAAGACCCCUCACACCUGUCUCUGACUCGGGGGAUGUCACUACCGCUGUGCAUGUGGACGAAGUUGCAGCUGAGCUACCAAAGGACUUCCAUUCUUUAUCGACCCUGUGCAUGACUCCUCCUCAGAGCCCUGAUCUUGUGGAGCCUUCGACGGGGACACUUGUUCCUUCCCAAAUGACUGAUUCCAAAGCACGCGUGGUCAUGGUCAUCCCCCGAGCCUCUGGUGGGGCAGACAAAAUGCUGAGCAGGAGGGCAGAGAGAGGCCUGCCUGGUUUGAAGCCAGAGCUGCUAGAGCCAGCCCCUGGCCCCCCAUGCAGGGCUAUGGUGACCAGUGUCAUCCGCCACACCAUGGGGAGUCCUGCUCCUGUCUACAUUCCUACCAUCCAGAUGCAAGAACGGCAACUUUCAGACAACAGAGAAGGAGAAACACAGUCUGUGGGACAUACUGAAGCUUUGCAGGAUGCACACCUCACAGCCAGUUUAAUCAACAUUAACGCAGUGUCCUGUCAGCCUUGUUUGCAUAAGUCUGGUGGCCUGGUCCCCACUGACAAAGGCCAGCAGGCAUGUUGGCCAGUUGCAAUUCAAACCUGCCCACCAAAGAAUUAUGAAAAUGACGUGCCAAGGAAAGCCACCCCUCUGAUUCCUGUCCCCAGUCCACCUGUCCUUUGCCAAAUGAUCCCUGUGACUGGACAAAGUGGCAUGGUAUCGGCUUUUCUGAAGCCACCUCCCCAAGUAUCUGCUGGGACUGUCAAACCCAUCCUACCCUACGCUGCUCCACUGCCCCAGCCUGUGUUUGUGGGACCGCCUGUGCCUCAGGGAACUGUGAUGCUGGUUCUGCCCCAGGGGGCACUCCCCCAGCCUGCCACCUGUUCAUCAAGUGUAAUGGCUGUUGGAAAUACCAAGUUACUGCCUCUUGCCCCUGCUCCAGUGUUUAUUGCCUCCAGUCAAAAUUGUGCCCCUCAGGUAGACUUUUCCCGAAGGAGGAACUAUGUUUGCACCUUUCCAGGCUGCCGGAAAACAUACUUCAAAAGUUCCCACCUCAAAGCUCAUCUUCGCACUCACACAGGAGAGAAGCCUUUCAGCUGUAGCUGGGAUGGCUGUGAUAAGAAAUUUGCUCGUUCAGAUGAACUGUCUCGCCACCGCAGAACUCACACCGGGGAGAAGAAGUUUGUGUGUCCCGUGUGUGAUCGGCGUUUCAUGCGCAGCGACCACCUGACGAAGCACGCCCGGCGCCACAUGACUACCAAGAAGAUCCCUGGCUGGCAGGCCGAGGUUGGCAAACUGAACAGAAUUGCCUCAGCAGAGAAGCCCGGGAGCCCUCUGGUGAGCACGCCAGCCUCUGCCUGAAAGGUCAGCGGGGAGUUGCCAAUGGGGAUUUUCAGAAGCCUUCUUUCGGGGAAGGAACUGAUGGUUUCUCUCCAAAAGAAAUUGUCUUAGGGACUAGGGGAAAGUGGGGAGCUGGUUCUGAUGAAAGCGUGUUAACUUUUCUUUUUUGGUUGAGACCCCUGUUCAAUAGCUUUUGUAGUUUCAGAAGUUUUUUAAGGAAAUGGAAGAAAAUUUGAUAGUCUAAAUCACCAGCAUUCAGACAGUCAUUUCGGCAAUAACUUUUACAAUAUCUGGAUUUUUUACAACCUUUCUAUUCAUGUUUUGUAGAAAUGAGACGGUACAAAUUUUUAUACUGUUUUUAUAAAAACAUUUAUAAAAUUUCUAGAUAGAUGAUUUUACAAACUUUUUGGUGUUUAACGAUGUUUUUAUAAUAACCCUACUUUUAGUAGCCUUGGCACAUUAUUCAGCAAAAAAAAAAAAAAUCACAAGUUUGUAAUCGGGCCUUUUAGAUCUAAGAAUUCUUUAGAAUUUCAACUAGUUGAAUAGGGGUCUCUUAAAGAAAUGGGGGGAAAAAACUUUGCAGUCAGCUUCUUCAUAACAUUUUCCAGGGAAAUUCCAGGCAACCAUUCCUUUAAAGCUAUAGCCCAAGGAAUUAAAAUUUUGGUUAAGUAGAACUAGUCACUUGUGUGCGUGGUGUGACUUGUGGAGGAUGUACCCAGAGGAUAACCUAAAACCCUCGAUAGAUACCCUGUGAGCAGGAAGCCGCUGUGCGAUCUGAGUGUCUGCUCUGCCAAGAGCAAAGCAUUUGCAGUUUCCUGUUUGUACCUCAAACACACACACACACACAAAAAAAAGAUAAUGUAAGCACUGAAACUCAGCUGCUUUGUCAAUUAUCAGUUGACUUCUUUUGCUGUGGCCUUAUCCGUAGUAUUUUGUGGGUUGAGUAACUUCCUAGAGAAAAAGGAAAUAACCCUCAUUGGUUGGAGGAACUUUCCACCAAAGUAUAGCUUAUCUGAGGCAAAGUGUACAUGCAUAUGAUCCAGCUCCAGUGUUCUGAUUCCUUUAUUUAUUUAAAGUACUAAGAACUAUAGGAAAUGCAAGUUAUGCUAAAUGAUAGUAAUACUACCCAGCUGCCCUUUCAUUCAUGUUAUUUGAAAGAAAUUGUUUAGGUCAAAUAGAAGAUUACUUGGAAUGGGGGUGUUUUGCAGUCUGCCUAGAAACUAGACGGUGGGCACCACUUUGAAGCUGUGAGAGCACAGGCCCCAGCUAUAGAGAUGACGCCCCACCCUACCCCCGCCCCGUAUCCAGGAAGCCGCGGAGGGAGAUGGCUUAGGUGGUGCUGGGAGUCCAGGCAACAGAAAGCAUGUAAUGUACACAGGGUGCUGCACUGCUGAGCCUGGGAAUGGCUUUUAUUGUGCUGUGUUUCGAUUUUGUCUUUGCCUCUUAGUUACUGGCAUUUACCUGUGUUAAAAUGAUGGUAAGAUUAAAUAUUGAGUAAAUAUUAUUAGGUUCUAUGUUCAGGUCUUUCUAGUCUGAUGACCCUCACCUGGUCAUUCAUUGUACGUUAGUUGAUACCCAUUAAGUUGCCCUUUAGUAUCAACUGCUUAUUGACAUACAGGUCUGUAAGUGCUGGCUGUAUGUUUAGGAGAUUUUCACAUUUUUGGACACUUCCUUAGUUGAGUAUUUGUACUGGUCAUGAGAUAUAAUACAGUUGCAAGAGAACCAUAAUUAAAUGUAUAUAGCCCACCACCCACUCCUUUUUCUCUCCCACUCAUAUCUUAAAUCAGCAUAAACAUUUCUGACGAUGUGCAUGCCAUAAAUGGCAUGAAAUUUGGAUAUUUUCCUUCAGUAUACAAAAUAAUGUUAGCCCUACUAAUGUUCUGGUGGAAUACAAGGUCUUGGAGUAUCUGGUUGCUUGUCACCUUGAACUUUAUUCUCUGAGCAGCGUUGUCUCUGAAUAAUAGAUGUGUUAAAAAUGGUUAUGCUUCCAUUCCCUGUUAGAUUUAGAAAUACCUUCUAUAAACUUUUUUUUUUUUGCCUUCUGUUUGUCGAUUGAAAGACUGUAAAUUGGGCAACAGUUUUCGUCUGGAAAAUACUGACCUGAGAACCAGAACCAUGUGGUGGUGGUUUGACCCUCCGCUGGCGGCUCGGGUGUCAGAGCCCAGCGCAUGGCAGGUCCCCCAGUGCACUUUAUUUCCUGAGCAGUUUUGCUUGAUCUUUGUUGACGUUGAGCCUUUUAAGUAGUUUCAGUAAUAAAAUUUGAAAUGUU